UACACACACUGUAUAAUUUGGCACAAACUAUAUUGGUGUUUUCCUGGUCGGUGACUCGGCACUGUUUCUGAACUACAUAAAAUAAGUCGGUGGUUGUAGAUUUAAAACCAUUUGAAUAUUUCUUUUCACUUGUUUGGAACAAUGUCCAUGCUGAAGAGAUCAGUGUUUGUGGGUUUUGUCCUGUUUGUGCUGGUUCCUCUGAUCCAUGCUGCCUGCUGGUCACAGAGAUUGAGACUAGGUACGAAUCACUGUAUUGAUAAAACAGACAAAACCUGGCACUUUAUGGGCUCCAACUGGAGGAACAGCAUAUGUGAAAAGUGCACAUGCAACACAUUCUCCAUGGACUGCUGUGACGGAUUCCCAACGCACGUGACUAAAGGCUGCAUCAUGGCAUACAAUUUCCGAACGUGUACUUACACAUUAACCAGUAUGGACCCGAGUGUUAAAUGUUACGUUAUUGGAAAAUAAAAAGCACAUCACAACACAUCACAUCACAGCAUACACACUCUGUGCUGACUAAAACCAUAUCUACAUAUAAAGCAAUGUGGAGUUAAGCAAAAAAAAAAAAGAAAGUUGCUGAAUUGUUUGUGCUGUCGUAAAAUGGUGGGAUGAAUCGGGAGAUGAUUUGUGGAGGAGAAAAUGCACUUUGACAUCCAGUGAUCUACCUGUUCGUAAUAAAUUCGACCUCCAUUGUGCUGA